CGACCACACUACGACAUAUAUAUUCUUUGGGAUCUCACAAUUCUGUAGGGGAUAUAUAAGUCCUACCGCAGAACCCUCGGUCCCUUGACCGCGCUCCAUAAUCGUUGCUCUCUGACCGAAGUUAAUCGCGAGGCAUCAACCGUCAAUAUGAGUGUGAAGCGAGAUUUCCUUUCUAUGCCCGCGCCUGAGAACUAUGUCGCAGGUCUCGGGCGUGGUGCGACUGGGUUCACGACCCGCAGCGACCUGGGACCUGCGCGAGAGGGACCUUCGGAGGAGCAGAUGAAGGAGAUGCUGGCUAAACGCGCUGCACAGCUUGGCCAGGCCGCACCCUCCGCAUAUGGCGCAGUAGAUAAGAAGGAAGAAGACGAGGACGAGGAGCGCUUCCAGGACCCAGACAACGAAGUUGGCCUGUUUUCCACGGGUCUGACCUUCGAUGCCGAGGACGACGAGGCGGAUCGCAUCUACCAAGAGAUUGACGAGAAGAUGGACAAACGGCGGCGUGCUCGAAGGGAAGCUCGCGAGAAGAAAGAACGUGACGAGUACGAGAAGAAUAACCCAAAAAUCCAAUUGCAAUUUGCCGACCUGAAACGAGCGCUCGGUAGCGUAUCGGAAGAUGAAUGGGCCGCACUGCCAGAGGUUGGAGACAUGACUGGCAAAGCAAAGCGAGCGCGUGAGGCACGUAUGGCUGAUCGCAAGUCUUAUGCUGUCCCAGAUAGUGUCAUUGCCGCUGCACAUCAACAAGGACAAAUCGAAACGUCUAUAUCUGCUUCCGAUGGAGACGGUACUAUGACGAACUUUGCUUCUAUUGGUGCUGCGAACAAGUCUGCUCUUCAGGUGCGAUUGGAUGCUGCUUCAAAAAUACCUGGUACUCAGUCGACUGUAUCAGGCACCUCUACUUCGGUCGACCCACGAGGCUAUAUUACCGCUCUAGAGAAGAACCAGGCAGCAGGAGUAGAAGCUCCCGUUGAGGAUAUUAACCGAGCUCGAGUUCUACUCGAGUCAGCAGUCAAGACCAAUAUACAUAACGGACCCGGUUAUGUCGCUCUUUGCCGCCUCGAAGAACUUGCCGGCAAAGUCAAUACCGCCAAAAGGGUCAUUGCUCGGGGAUGUGAAUUGUGUCCAAAAUCUAUCGUCUGUUGGGAGGAGAACAUCCGGAUCAAUCGCGAUAACGUCCACAACGCCAAGAUCAUUGCAGCCACGGCUAUUAAGCAAAAUCCCAAAGCAAUCAAAAUCUGGGAAGCCGCCAUUGACCUGGAGCAGACCAUGGCUGCUCGCAAGAAGGUCACUCGGCAGGCUCUCGACCACAAUCCUCAAUCAGUCGAGCUGUGGAAGAGCCUAAUCAAUGAUACCGAAGACCUGGAAAAUGUCAGACUACUCUUCGCAAAGGCUGUCGACACUGUUCCUCUGUCCGAAGAAUUGUGGAUCUCAUAUGCUCGCGUCAGUGAGCCAGAUCACGCACAGCAGAUUCUAAACGCGGCACGCAAAGCAAUCCCAACGAGCUGGGCCAUCUGGGUCCAGGCCAGUAGGUUUCAGGAGCAACUUGGAAAGGUCGAGCUACUCGAUCGGAUUAUGGACCGUGCUGCCAAAGCCUUGGCGAAAGAAAAUGCAAUGCCCAAGCGGGAAGAGUGGAUCCACCAGGCGGAGGUAUGCGAAGAAGAAGGCGCUAUCGCAACAGCUGGUGCUAUUAUCAAAGCAACAGUCGGGUGGGGUCUGGAUGAGGAUGACGAACGAAAGGAUGUAUGGUUGCAAGACUCAACUAACAGUAUUGCACGAGGGAGGUAUCAUACAGCGAGAGCCAUUCUAGCGCAUCUUGUCAGCAAUUUCCCUUUAAGCACAACUGUUUGGCACGCCGCCGCUGAUCUAGAGAAACGCCAUGGCUCUCCUGAGUCUCUAUUGCCAAUGUUAGAGCGCGCCGUGAAUGCCUGCCCGAAAUCCGAAUCCCUGUGGCUCCUCUACGCCCGUGAGAUGUGGGCAGCGGAUAAACCGGCGGAAGCCCGGGAGGUUCUUGGACGAUCUUUCGGACAGCUUCAGGGCAACGAGAACCUCUAUACUCGUGCUGUUGACUUCGAAGUUGAUGCAGGCGAUUACGACCAAGCUCGACGAUUCCUCGAGAUGGCUCGUGAAACUGCUGCAACGGACCGCAUCUUCAUGAAAUCCGCGGCUUUGGAGCGUCAGCUGGGUAACCUUGACGCCGCCCUUGAUCUUGUGAAUCAAGGCCUGCAGACAUGGCCUGGUGCCUGGAAGCUGCACGCUAUGAAAGGCCAGAUCUACGAAUCAAUGUCGAGGCUGAAAGAAGCUCAGGAGGCCUACUCGAUCGGGACACGAGCCAGCCCAAAGGCCCCCGUCGUCUUCAUCCUCCUCGCCCGUCUGCAAGAGCGACAAGGUGCCAUUGUCAAGGCUAGAUCGUCACUCGAUCGAGGUCGUCAGCAAAACCCAAAGACACCGGAGCUUCUACUUGAAGCUGUUCGUCUAGAGCGACGUGCUAAUAACAUCUCGGCAGCUCAAAAACUCAUGGCUGUCGCACUCCAGGAAUGCCCUACUUCUGGUCUCCUCUGGGCGGAGAAGAUCAUGCAUCUCGAAAGCCGAACGCAACGGAAGCCACGUGCCUUGGAAGCUAUCAAGAAAGUGGAAAAUAAUGCCCAGCUAUUCGUUACGGUUGCCCGUCUUUUCUGGGCAGAGAGGAAACUGGAUAAAGCACACAAUUGGUUCACGAAGGCUAUUGUUCUAGAUGCCGACUAUGGUGAUGGCUGGGUUUGGUACUACAAGUUCCUGGAAAUGCAUGGGACUGAGGAGAAGAAGGCGGAGGUGGUUAAUAAAUGUGUCAUGUCUGAGCCUAGGCAUGGGGAGAUUUGGCAGAGCGUUGCGAAGGAUCCGAAGAAUGCGCGGAAGCCGGUGGAGGAGAUGCUGAAGAUUGCGGUUGCAAAGGCGGAGUAGGUGAAUGGUGGACAGGUCGGACAGCAUUAACCUGGAUAGAAGGGAUGGGGGCGGGGACAGGGACGGGGUUGGUUUGAG